GCCUGGACCUCCGCUAGCGGAAAACAGCCUCGUCCGUCUGCUCAGUAUUUCUACUCUGCAACUUUUUACUCUCUAGCACCACGAGGCCAACCCCAGCGACGAUGAGUGACGACGAGGAUAUCCAAGUCGAAGGGCCAGAAUUGGCCCACGAUGACCCCAUGCGCGCCUUCCUGCCUGCCUCAUUCGGGAAAAAACACAAGGAGGCUGACAUCGCCGCGCAAAUCGAUCGAAGUAGGAGAACUGGCAAGCAGCCACCAGCGGUUCCGCCCAAACCCCAGGCGUCUGACUCGGACGACGCGGGCAACAGCGAUGACGACUCGGGCGACUCCGAUGACGAAGACGAGUACCCGACCUCCCACGAGAUGGUCAUAAAAACGCAUGACCGCGCGGUAACUUCAGUGUCUCUAGAUCCGGCGGGCGGCCGGUUAAUAUCGGGGUCCAUCGACUGUACCGUCAAGCUCCACGACUUCUCUUCCUUGACCCCGACGACCAUCCGAGCCUUCAGGAGCGUCGAUCCAUAUGAAAGCAAACCAUCCGCCAAUGCUGACUCGCACCCGGUGCACCACGUGCAGUUCAACCCUCUCGCCGGAAGCGUCUUCCUCUGCAUAUCGGCACAUCCUCAGGCCAAGAUCCUAUCUCGAGACGGCGACGUAAUCACUGAAUUUAUCAAGGGCGAUAUGUACCUCAGGGACAUGAACAAUACGAAAGGUCAUAUUUCCGAGGUCACGACGGGGACUUGGCACCCCACGGACAAGAAUCUAUGUGUUACAGCGGGAACAGACAGCACCCUGCGGAUAUGGGAUAUCAACAACAAGCGUAGCCAAAAAGAGGUGCUAGUCUUCAAGUCGAAGGCUGCUGGCGCGGCAGGAAGAACACGGAUGACUGCUGUUGCCUGGGGCACACCGAUCCAAGGAGGCAAUAACGUUCUCAUAUCGGCCGCUCUCGACGGUACCCUGGUGAUGUGGAGCGGGAAUGGCCCGUUCACGCGGCCUGCCGGGGAGAUAAGAGAGGCCCACAAGCCAAAUACCUGGACCGGGGGAAUAGACAUCAGUUCGGACGGGCGAAUGGUUGUCACCAGGGGAGGCGACAAUCUGAUCAAAUUGUGGGAUACACGGAAGUUCAAGGAGCCCCUUGUCACGGUUGAGCACCCGUCGACGUCGGGCCAUUACCCGACAUCCAACAUCAAAUACGCGCCCAACUCGACCAGCAUCAUCACCGGUUCGGCAACCGGCCAUCUUCACAUCCUGAACCCGGGGAAUCUGCGCCCCGAAUACACGACGCUAGUUACUCCCGGAUCGCCCGUAAUCACGGUGGAUUGGCACCCGAAGAUCAAUCAAAUAAUCACUGGUUCGGCCAACGGGGAAACGCACAUCUUAUACAACCCUACUAUGUCGACCAGGGGCGCGGUGGAUGUGAUGUCGCGCGCUCCUAAGAGGCGACACAUCGAUGACAACCCGGAAUUCACCACUGACCAGUCCGUCGGGCUUUCGGGCGACUCCAUCAUCACGCCAGGCGCCAUUCCCGGCUCUAGGAAAACCGGUCUUACCGCCUCCGGCAAAUCGAAAGAUCCCAGAAGGCCGCACGUACCGCAGCAGACGCCGUUCAUGAGGAGCCAGCCGGACGAGAAGCACAUCAGCGAGAAUAUACCGCUGAGCAAGAUGUUGCACGAGGAUCCCCGAGAGGCGCUCCUUAAGUAUGCGGACCUGGCGAAGAAGGAUCCUAUGUUUACAAAUGCGUGGAAGAGCACGCAGCCAGUCACGCAGUAUGCCGACGUAAGCGACGAAGAGGAGGACGGCCCGGAGAAGAAGAAGGUUAAGAGGUGAGGGGAGCGAGCUAUAAAAUAGGUGGGACGGAUUAUCCCCUCCCCCCUCCUUCGAUAUGCCCGACAUCCUUCGCCAGACAGCUUGCCAAUGCCACCGACCCACCUGCCGUGAGCGAGCAUGGGUGGCUCGCUGCUGCUUGGCUUCGCGGAGCUCACACGUACACACUAGGUUGUACGUGGGUGCCUACUAAGCAUUCGUAGAUGCGCAAGGGGACCUCCCAUCCCCUACCUCGACGACGUGACUCCUCUUUGGUAGGGAUGUACCUGUCAGUAUG